AUGUAAAAUCAAAAAAUUAAAAUCCUUUCUAAUACUGCAGCCUAACCUUAACAAAAUAAAAUCAAAAUUUUACCAGAUAUCAAAGUUGAUCAAGAUGUAUUUUUAAAUAUUUAUUUCUUAGAGACAACCAUUUUUUUCUAGUCUGUUAGAUGAGACAUUAAUGACUAUUUUAACAAAUGGAAAUAAAUAUAAUUUAUUUGCUUAUAUGGACAAAGAUGUGGUUAUAGAAUAAUUUUGGAAUUUUGAAUUUGAGGGCUAAAAUGUUUUUAAAGGAAAGAAAAUUAGUGGUAAGGCUAAUUUAUAAAUAUUAGGUGUUUUAAAAUUUUAACCAGAUCAUCCUGCAAGACCUCCAAAAUUCUAUUUUAAUCCUGUACAAUCAAAUGGUUAAGUCGAUUAAGUAAUCUAGCAUGAAAAUAUUUAUGGGGGUAAAAAUUUAUUUCUUUGUAGAUCAUUCAUUAUGCAUUCCAAUGUUGAACGAUUAAGUUUGGAAUCAAAGCAAUAUUCCUUAUGAUAUUUUACAAGCAAUUGAACAUAUAUUUGCGAAUCCAAAUUGGGUAGAAGGUUCAGAUGCGCCUGCUAAUCCUAUAUUUUCUUCUAAAUCAGAAUAAGAGAAAAAGCAAAUUUAACUAAAGCAGGCAAAAUUCUUACCUGAUUUUAAAUUAAAUAGUGAAUGAUUCAAGCAAUCAUAUAAAUAUUAUACAUAGAUGUGU